AUGGCGGAAGCCGUGUUUAUUUGUACAACAGUCCGCGGUAGAUGGGGACAGGCCACGCGGUCAGGCAUGCGAUCGCAUAGGGUAGAUACGGCAUUGGUGAAGGAGAACGUACGUUUGGAGGUCGUUUAUGAGAGGAAUCCGUCUAUCGCUGGGGAGUCUGUGGGCUUAGUGGUUCGGUUACGACAUUUGGGAUCUGUGCAGGCGCAGUUACAGCUGAGCGAGCGUCUACAAGAACUGGAGCAAGCGCGCAAUAGCAGGCAAUUUCAGAAGAAUGGCGAGCGCGGUUCUUUGAUUAGUACUCUGUGGAGUGCAUUGAGCCAGGAGGAGCGGUUCCGAGAAGAGGACACUGAGAGGCAAAUUGAGGAUCUAGAGCGACAGAAGGCCUUCAACCAGCCAGUGGACCUGUUGUCGUUCUAUGUGCAGCUUGUGGGGCAGUUCUGGUACAGCAGUGAAGUUCUGGAUAUGCGCAAGAUGCAGUAUACAAACAAGCUUAUAGCAGCACAAAGCCAGUCAAGCCCUCCUGUAGGAGGAGGCGGGAGCCCGACUAUAAGUUCGCGUAACGAACUCUCAGAGCCCAUUGCACACUUUGUGGAUACAGAUUUGCACAGCGAUCCUGCGUCCCAGAGCGUUAAAGGCCAUUUGCCGCUGGUGGUUGUCCCACAAACGUUGCUCUUUGGCGAGCUUAGCUUGAAACCCGGAGAGGUGAGGGUGUUUCAUUUCCGGUCCGCUGCACUGCCGCAGAAUCUUCCUCCGUCUUACACUCUUGGGGAUACGUUCAAGAUUCUGUAUCAGUUGCAGGUCGGUGGUAUCAUACACUGCCAGGCUUCAAUCGAUUCAGUUAUGUUUUCAUUCCCGCUAAACGUAUGUUCCUACUUAAAUGAAGAAGGCUGUCAGUACAUUCAUGAAUUGGGUCAUGAUCCAGUAAUUCUACCGGUUGGUCAAGUGAAGGAACGCGCCCAUCUGCAACGGCGACGGUCUACCCAGUCAACAUUUACUAGACAUAGAAGUUCUAUUCAUUCAAUUAUGCCAAGCUUUCAAGACCGCUUCAAUAUCCUAGAAAAUUCGAAGAAGCAUUUCAAGGAGCUUUUGAAUUCCGAAAGGGAAGAUUGCACUGAUGAACAAUUGGUGGAGAAACUGCUCACUUUUCAAUUCGGCGAGAAUUACACCCAGGAGAUAAAUGAUGACAGCGAACUUUCUGAGUCUUUUGAAGAGGCGCAAUACCGCGAGCCGCGGCAUCUGCCCAUUUCCCAGCAUAGGAAUAAUAGCUUGGUUGAUGAUAAAGUUUCUCAAAAACCUUUGCUUCAUUCUGUGAUGGACAAUCUACGGAAAGAAUACCUCGUGAACAGGAACGGAGAAAAUAUUUGUACCAUAUCCUUAUCAAAGUUAUUUUAUGGAGUGAAUGACGAAAUAGAUUUGACCAUUCUUAUUCCUCAAAAGUCCAAUUACAAGGUAACAGGCGUGUCUACGGCCCUUGAGUUACUUGAGUUGGUUAACCCAGACUACCUUGUUAACCAAAAGAGCAAGAAAGCGCAACGUUAUCCCGUAUACGAAGAACAUUCAAUAUGUUUUGAGGGCUGCAACGAUAUACCGAUUAAACUGCUACCAUCUCGGAGCCCCACAAAUAUCUAUCCUAAUCAGUUUAGGACAAAUAUUUUUCAACUCUCCUGGACUCUGUGUUUUAAGUUCGUGAUUGUGGAGAAAACCGAGAGUGACACACUAGUUGAAGUUUACAAGGAUCGAAAUGGUGCCCUGUUGCAAGCAAAAGAACAACUACAAGGCGAGAAAUUUGUCUUCCGCGUUCCAUUAGUCGUUCUCGGAAGCAGUAAACAGCUGGGGGGCUGGUAG